AUGGCUAUCGUUUACGGUUAUCUGACGAGUACAGGAGCUCGUUUGGGGCUCUUGGCCUUUCAAAUGCUUCUGGCUGCCUCGAUGAUUCAGGUCCAUGCCCAGAGUCCCGCUGGGUUUGUAAGCAUCGACUGCGGAUAUACAAACAGCAGUGACUAUGUCGACGAGAAAACGAAUCUGACAUAUGAUUCUGACGAAAGAUACGUCGAGGGCGGCAAGAACUUCAGUAUUCGGGCAGAGCACAUGAAAGAUGCUGCAAACAAGCAAGAACAAACCCUGAGAAGCUUCCCUGAUGGCCAACGGAACUGUUAUACAUUACCAACCGACAGUGGCAAGAAGUAUCUCAUCAGAGCCACCUUCACUUACGGAAAUUACGACGAGCUCAACUCGUCGAAGAAUGGUUCGCCGUUUCUGUUUGGACUCCACAUCGGCGUCAACUUCUGGACGGAAGUGAACUUGACGAACUGGAACCCAUCAAACACGGUCUGGAAAGAGGCGAUCACGGUCGCUCCGGACACCAGCAUACAUGUCUGUCUCAUAAACCUGGAGUCCGGCAUACCAUUCAUGUCGACGCUGGACUUGAGGCCCUUGCAAGACACAAUGUAUCCCUUUGUGAACGUUUCCACGUCCGUCAGUUCUUUUUCUCGGUUAAGAUUUGGAUCGGUGGAUGAACUGAUCACAAGAUUUCCAACAGAUCCUUAUGACCGAUUCUGGCAGAGCUGGGCCAACUACUCCUAUCCAUGGUCUAAUAUGAGUAACAUUAUCAAUGUGACCGCACUUCCCAACAUUGACAUCUUCGGGCUUCCUCCAGCCAUCCUGGGAAAUGCUUCAACCAUAAUAGACAGAUACUCUUGGCUCAACAUCACCGUUCGCUCCAGUCACUAUCUCACGACAGAACUAGAGCUUCUUCCAGUCUUUCACUUUCUUGAACUCGGGAAUAAUGGUUCAAGGAGAACUUUUGACAUAUACAAUGUUGAUGAACAGCAACCGCUGUUCUCCAACUUCACCCCACCGGCAUUCCUAAGCUCCAUGUUCCGUAACUGGUUCUUGCACAAAGGCAGAAGGGCAUAUUUUCAGCUUCGUAGUACCCCAAACUCACAGCUGCCGCCUCUUAUUAACGCCUAUGAGGUGUAUUCCCGUGUCCAGAUGAACGUAACCACUGCUUCCAGCGAUGUUGAAUCCAUGAAAUUGGUCAAAGAGAAGUACAAGGUAACACGAAACUGGAACGGGGAUCCAUGUUCACCAAGAGAGUACAUCUGGGAAGGUCUGAAUUGCACCUACCCUAACGGUGACCAGAACCCAAGGAUUGUUAAAAUAUAUCUAUCUAACAGCGGGCUGCAAGGAGAGUUAGCAAUAUCAUUCAUGAACAUGUCAUCACUGGAGAUUUUGGAUUUAUCGCACAACAACCUAACGGGCACCAUUCCAGACUAUCGAGUAAAUUCCCUCAAAGUUCUUGACUUGUCGAAUAACAAGCUCCAUGGACCAAUCCCUUACUCUAUUCUUGGAAGAUUUAAAGCUGGUUUACUGGAGUUAAGACUAGAAGGCAAUCCCAUUUGCUCCCAAGUCAGAGGUAGCUACUGUGGAAACAAGAAGACACAUAUUUUGCUCAUCAGUGUGAUAGUUCUUGUGGUAUCCAUCCUAGUAGUGCUGUGCAUCCUCUGGAAGUUAUGUUGGAAAGGGAAAUCAAAAGAAGAUAACGAUGACAAUAUGAAUGAAGAGGAAAUUCCCCUGCAUAUUGACAUCAGAAGAUUCAAAUAUACAGAGUUGAAGACUAUAACUAAUAACUUCCAGUCGAUCAUUGGAAAAGGAGGAUUUGGUAUGGUUUAUCAUGGUAUAUUAGAGAACGGAGAGGAAGUGGCAGUUAAGGUGCUUAGGGACACAUCUAUAGCACUAUCAAAGGACUUUCUCCCUGAGGUGCAAACCUUGUCAAAAGUUCAUCACAAGAAUCUUGUCACCUUAUUGGGAUAUUGCCAAAACAAGAAAUGCCUUGCCCUUGUAUAUUAUUUCAUGCCUAGAGGGAACCUAUACGAAGUUCUAAGAGGAGGACAAGACUGUAGUUUGAGCUGGGAAGAGCGACUUCACAUUGCACUUGAUGCAGCACAAGGACUGGAGUAUCUACAUGAAUCAUGCACCCCGGCAAUAGUCCACAGAGAUGUAAAAACUGCAAACAUCCUACUGGAUGAGAAUCUUGUGGCCAUGAUAGCUGACUUUGGUCUUUCACGAUCUUACAGUCCCACUCACACACACAUAUCAACUGUUGCUGCUGGUACUGUUGGCUACCUUGACCCUGAGUACAAUGCUACUUUCCAACUUACUGUGAAAGCAGAUGUCUACAGCUUCGGCAUUGUCCUCUUGGAGAUCAUUACCGGCCAACCUUCAGUGUUAGUGGAUCCAGAACCUAUGCACCUACCAAACUGGGUGCGCCAAAAGAUUGCUAAAGGAAGCAUUCAUGAUGCUGUGGACAGUAGACUGAUGCAUCAAUAUGAUGCCACUUCCCUACAGAAUGUCAUAGACCUUGCCAUGAACUGUGUGGAAAGUGCAUCCAUUGAUAGGCCGAGCAUGACCGACGUUGUUAUCAAGCUCAAAGAGUGCCUACCGGCAGGUACAGGUGAAAAGCAACUGAAGUCCGGAUCCUACAAACAGAAGGACGCCAUGGACGCUGACAUAGCAAGGCAGUUUCAGCUGCUGAUUUCCGGAGUUUCAACAGAAAGCAAUGAGGGUACCUCAAGUGGGGUCACAGAAUUAAGCUCCCCUUCCGGAAGGUGAGAGGAAAUGCUUAAUAAGUUAUUGUUGCAUAUGCUUGGAGAUUGGAGAGGUUUGGUAGUUUGCAUAACAA